AUGUCCCAACAAAAAGAACAGGUAAAGCAAUUAGAAGAAAAUCAGGAUAAAGAGGAUCAGGGGAAUUUAGGUAGUAACGAUAUUCAAGGUGUAGUUAUAACAAAGAAAUGUAAAUCAGAUUUUGAAUUUAUUAAAACCAUAGGAAAAGGUUCAUAUGGAAAGGUUAAAUUGGUAAUAGAAAUUGAAACAAAAAGGGUUUUUGCAGCUAAAAUAUUAAACAAAAAAUUGGUAAUUAAAGAAAAAAAAGCAAAAUAUGUAAAUACAGAAAAAACAAUUUUAGAUUCAUUGGAGCACCCAAAUAUUGUAAAAUUAUUUUAUACUUUUCAAGACGAAAUAAAUCUAUAUUUUAUUCUAGAGUAUUGUCCAAAUGGUGAUUUGUUGGACCAAAUUAAAAUCGCUGGUUGUUUUCAGAUCAGUGUGGCUCAGUUUUAUGCUGCAGAAAUAUUAAUUGCUUUAGAGUAUUUGCAUUCAAGAGGUAUAGCGCAUAGAGAUUUAAAACCAGAAAAUAUUUUAUUAGGUAAAAAUAAACAUUUAAAACUUAGUGACUUUGGGUCAGCAAAAGUUUUAGGAUUGGAUAAUAAAAGUAGAUCAGGAUCAUUUUGUGGUACAGCAGAGUAUGUAUGCCCAGAGUUAUUAACAGAAAAAUCAGCAGGAAAACAAGCUGAUAUAUGGUCAUUUGGGUGCCUUUUGUAUCAAUUGGUUAGUGGUAAAUUACCAUUCAAGGGAUUCAAUGAAUAUCAAACAUUUUUAUUAAUUACAAAAAGAGAAUUCCAAUUUCCAGAUAACUUUGAUGCGACAUGUUGUAAUUUGGUUGAUCAGUUGUUAAAUUUAGAUCCCUACAAAAGACCAACAAUUGCAGAAAUCAAAAAGCACCCAUUUUUUAAAGGUAUACAGUGGGAUACAUUAUCAGAGCAAACUCCACCACCAAUC